AUGGGAGUUUUUAAUCCGGAAGAUCCGGAGAACGAAUGGAUAGUUUCGCUGGUAACGCAGACCUAUCGCGAUAAACUUACUCCUGUUGAAUUUGGUGUUCUUGUUAGAAAGGAGCUUAAUAGCCGUCGGUGCACAGAACAGCAGCUUCGCUUUCUUGCAACAACUUUGCUCCGCUUUGCUACUGCUACUGAUGCUCCUGAAAAACGCUUAUUAAUUUGUCUCGUAAACUUGGCUAAAGCUGAGAUUAUUACUUGGGCUCGCUUUAUCAAGGUCAUAUACGAGUUUGAGCAUUUUUCUAGACUUCUUUGCGUCGAAGCUUUGGCGGAUAUAUUACGUGAAUCUCUGCCAUAUCUGAACUGCAAAGCUUCGGCAGACAAAGAAUGUGAGAUUUUGGCUAAAUCCCUGAUGGAUGUUUUAAGUUGGUGUUUAUUAGCUCUCGAGAAAACUUUGCAAAUGGGAGAUGAAAAAUCUACAGCUGCAUUAGCUCGGUGUGCAUGCGAGUAUGCCAAAAACAAGUUUGUUCAAGCCGCAUUGUUCCUUUAUGAACGAAUUAGCAGGGGCAAUCUUCGAUUUUCAGACAGUCCUAAUUACAUAGUGGAAGGAGUGGCGAACUUUGCUAAAAAGUAUCCAGACAAUGUUGAUGUUGAUACACUUCAGAAAACUAUAAUAUUACUUCAGAAUUCUCCCGUAGAUAGAGUGGAAGAAAGUCUUACUGGAAGAGUGAAGCAGCCUCAUCCUGCCGUGCUCACUCUGGUCUCAGUAUUUGAAGGUUUUCGAAUGACAAAAAGAGUUGACCAAAUGGGUGAUGCAUUCUAUGAGGCUGCAGAAAUCUUGCAUUUCCCAUAUACCCGUAUGUUUGAAGAUAUGCUUCGUGCAUCUCUUCUUAUUAUGUUGGAUGUCAAGGAGUCUGUAAGUGAAGAAAUGGCAGCGUUCCAGUCAUUUUUUUAUAUAAAGUUGCCACAGAUAAUAAAGCAUUUGCUUCUUCGUGGUAUACCUCAAGGAGAUUUGCUUACGGCACUGACAAACAUAUGCGAAUGUAAAACUUUGCUUAACAAGGUUGACUUGAAGACGAAAUCAAAUACACCUAAUAUAAUGUCGCAUUUUCUCGAUCAGUUAUGUGCUGCUAAAGUGAUUGACGAGGGGUUUACACGGUCUUUGCAAGACCAUAGGUUAAAAUUAAUGAUGGAAUCUUGUCCUAUGCUAUACCAAAACAUUGUGCAAUCGACAACUCUUAGUCGUCCGGUAAUCCUUGAAGCAGAAUCCGCAAAGAUGGCCAUAAUGAGGCAACCGAACGAUGGUAUUAUUAAUGUUUUGAGGAAGUUGGCUAGCGGAAGCAGUGGACUUUUUACUUUUGAUUCAGUUUGUGCUUCGUUUUGCGCUGAUGGAAAUUUAACUUAUUUUAGCUCUAAAUUGGCGACUAUCAACGGACAGAGCGAGCGACCAACGUCAACUGCUGAUCGGAAUGAUGGUUACUCUCGAGCGCUCGCGUUCAACCUUUCAUUCAUACUUCUGACUCGAAUACGUUUUAAUUACAACGAUCUCAGACCAAGUGAAUUGGUGAAUGGUACUGCACGAACAGUUGAUAAUACACGUUUUUGCUUUUUCAAAUUUGCUUCUAAUUAUGGAUGGACUGCUGCUGACUGCUGUGGGCAGCAUUCACCGCCAUCGGCUGAUGCUAAAGCUCACUAUCAUGAACGCGUUAACAUGUUGAAACAUGGGCAGAUUUUCUGGGAUAAACGAAGCGUCAACUACGCAGAACUAAUUGAGGCAGUUCCUAUCGUAGGAGAAAGCUUAUUGGACGAAUGUAGAUGCAAGCGUCAGGAAGAUCAAGAACAUUUUCAUGAAGUUAUUAAAAAGGUUCUUCAAGCUUUCUGCGACGAUACAAACUUUAUGAUCGUAUGUUUGGUACAGUGGAUGUGUUCCCAGCCAGUAACAGAAGCGAGGCAAAACCUUGUGAAGUCAUUUAUAUAUGCUCUUUCUUAUCCCCUACAGUUGGAUGAGAGGCAACAAGAAAGUAUGGCCUUGACGUCUGCAGCGUGUCGCCGAACUUUGGAGGAUCUUUUGACUUGCGAUCGUCUUCGGGACCCGCGAUUUACUUGGAUUAUUAAUUGUGCUAAAAGGAAGCUUCCUGCAGUGCCUUUUACAAUGCCGGCCGCUACUAGUCAAUCAUCGGACGCAGAAAUGUUGAAACAAGCUUUUACAUAUGCCCGACAACAAGGCUGGGCCUCUCCAAAUGUUCUUCAGCUAGUUGAUCGUUGUAAUAAAGCGGGAGUAGUGGAGAACUGGUGCAUGGUUUGGCUCAAUUCGAUGUUUAAACUGACCACUAAUGACGAGAUGGUUGCUGCUGGAGAACUUUGUUUUGCAGCAGGUGUUCUUGCUCCUGUGCCGUGUAUGAUCAGCUUUGUCCGUGAAAUUACUGAAUAUGUAUUGGAGCAAAAUGUUGAAUUUGAUCUCGAUGAAAGCGACCAGAGUGAGUCUGAAAAUCCUGUCGAGAGAUCGGUGGAAGUGAUUUUUUCGAAAUUUCUCCGAGAAACACGUGCAGGUCGUUUGAAGGUUAGUCAUAAAAAUUUGGCAAGCGCUCCACGUAGUGGACCAACCAUGAAAAUUAUAGAAAUGUUGCCCCAGGAACUCAUGUAUAAUUUGGCACAAAUUGACCCAAAGUCGUUCAACCUGGAUCUGUAUUUGCAUUUGAUUGAUCUCGCAAACGAUUCUUCAGUGAAAAGUGCCUUACGUUUCACUUGCCUUCUCAGAAAGUUAGGAGGCAUUUAAAA